AUGGCCAAGAUGGCACCACUGCGCCUGACAAUCGAAGACGGCAAAUUCGUCGACGGUUACGGACGACAAGUAAUCCUGCGCGGGAUCAACGUCGCCGGCGACGCCAAGUUUCCCAGCACACCGAACCAACCGUCUCAAAACGGCGAUGACUUCUUCGAUGGAGACAGCGUCAAGUUCCACGCCAGGCCAUUUCCCAGAGAAGAUGCGCAUAUUCACUUUGCCCGUUUGAAGCGCUUUGGCUACAACUCCAUCCGCUAUGUCUUCACCUGGGAAGCUAUCGAGGCUGCCGGUCCAGGUAUCUACGAUGAGGAAUGGAUACAGCACACAAUCGAGAUCCUAAGAGUAGCCAAGGAGUACGGGUUCUACAUCUUCAUGGAUCCUCAUCAGGAUGUGUGGUCGCGUUUCACUGGCGGAUCGGGAGCUCCGAUGUGGACGCUUUACCUCGCCGGCCUCAACCCGCAGAGUUUCGCUGCAACUGAAGCCGCCAUCGUACAUAAUACCUAUCCAGAUCCCGAGAAAUUCCCCAAGAUGAUAUGGGCGACCAACUACUACCGACUUGCUGCAGCCACCAUGUUCACUCUCUUCUUCGGUGGUCGAGACUUUGCGCCAAAGUGCAUUGUGGACGGCAAGAAUAUCCAAGACUACCUCCAAGAACAUUUUAUAUCCUCGUGCCAGCACUUGGCUAGGCGGAUACACGAGGCCGGCGACAUUGAGAAUGACAUCGUCUUUGGAUGGGAGAGCAUGAAUGAACCGAGCAAGGGAAUGCUCGGAUAUGAAGAUAUCAAUGUUAUACCGGAUGAACAGAAGCUCAAGAAAGGCACAUGUCCAACAAUAUGGCAGACAAUCCUUCACGGAUCCGGACGGGCAUGCGAGGUUGACACAUAUGAUAUGGGUGGCCUGGGCCCCUACAAAGUUGGAAUGACAUUGGUUGACCCGCAUGGUGAAGUAGCAUGGCUCCCUGCCGAUUACGACGAGUCUCGAUACAAUUACAAACGUGAUCCCGGAUGGAAGCUAGGCGAGUGCAUAUGGGCUCAGCAUGGCGUCUGGAAUCCUUCAUCCGAUGAGCUAUUGAGGAAGGACUAUUUUGCAAAACAUCCAAAGACCGGAGACAAGAUCGAUUACCCAUACUUCACGAACAACUACUUUUUGGAGUUUUAUAGAAAGUACAGAGAUAUGGUCCGAUCCUACCACAAGGAUUCCAUCAUGCUACUACAAGGUCCAACACUUGAGCUUCCUCCCAAGAUCAAGGGCACUCCGGACGAUGACCCAAAGAUGGUUUAUGCGCCACAUUUUUACGAUGGUAUCACGCUUAUGACAAAGAAGUGGAAUAGAGUCUGGAAUGUGGAUGUCCUUGGUAUCCUCCGGGGCCGAUACUUAACCCCAGCUUUUGGCGUGAAGAUUGGAGAGACGGCCAUCCGUAAUUGCUUCCGCGAUCAGCUGGCUGCAAUGAGGAAGGAGGGCUUGGACUACAUGGGUAACCACCCUUGUAUGCUGACCGAGUUUGGAAUUCCGUAUGAUAUGGAUGACAAGCAUGCGUACAAGACCGGUGAUUUCUCCAGCCAGUCUGCUGCGAUGGACGCAAACCAUUAUGCGGUAGAAGGGGCCCGGAUGGAGGGCUAUGCACUCUGGUUAUACAUGUCAGAGAACAAUCACCAAUGGGGCGAUAAUUGGAAUGGCGAGGAUUUGUCAAUUUUCUCGGUCGAUGACAAGCCAUUGCCGGUGUCAGAGGUGCCUCGAGAGGCUGAUGCGAGCCAGUCCAACAUCAGUCUGGUCAAAACUGCAACGCUCAAUUCCCGAAGAGAUGCAGAUGAUGACACUUCAGUCACUCCAUCUAAUCUGAAGAGAACACUUACAACCCCAUCCAUAUCAUCUCAACCGUCGAGUCCCCAUCCCGAGCUCACUAAUUCCCCAGGCCUUCGUGCCGCAGAAGCCUAUGUUCGGCCUGCACCUAUUGCCGUCGUCGGCAAUAUCGAUCACUAUACAUUUGACCUGAAGUCGUGCACUCUCACUCUCAAGCUCAGGGCGUUCCAAGAUGCCACGGAUGACAAUCAUACCGUGAUUUUCCUGCCUGAAUUUCACUUCCCGCAGGAUACAAGCACUGUGGAAGUCAGCUCUGGGAAGUGGCAGAUUAGCUCAGACGAGGAGGAGACUGUCCUCGUUCAGAAGCUGCGGUGGUGGCAUGGCGCGGGUGAACAGAGCAUCAAGAUCACAGGGUUAGCAAGAAAGCACAACAUAGUAGAAGGGGUGAACGAUGAGGCGGGCUAUUACGAGCAGAUCAGCAACUGGCUUGGGUACGGCAACUGCUCUGUGAUGUGA